AUGGAAUCGUCGGGGAUACUUGGAUCCAUUGGCUUCUCCAUAGCACAAGUCUCAUUUGUUCUUAUUACCCUUCCACAUCUGUACCAGCUAAAGAAGAAAUACGAAGAUUGCAGAAGUCUUCUUAAUGACUAUAAGUUGAGCCUGGAAGCAUCAGAGUCCAAGUAUCGGAAUUGGGAAAUGGUUUGGCGCCGAUUUGACACUGCUGCAUAUCAGACUAUCUGGCUAGAUAAAUAUGAGGACAUUCUGACGGCACGGCAACGUAUCCAUGAUCUCUCACAAAGUACUAAGAAAAGAAUUCAAGGUGUCACCAAGGAUCUCGAGGCACCACCUACCCGCUGGAAGAUCUUCAAAAGCACCAUAGGAAUCAAGUCUGACGAGGAACUGAAAACCUGGAAAAGGGUUUUAUUCGCGCUGUCUACAGACGUUACUAUCAAGAAACAUAUCGAAGAUUUGAAGACCGCCAUUGACAACAUCACGCUACUCUGCCAGCACGAGUUUUCUAGACGAAUUGGAACUACUCGGCUUUCCACGCCGACUUUGGAGGAUACUGAAAGGCUGGUUCAAUUGCUGUUUUUCUUUUCUCCAUUCACGCAAAGGGCCAAAGAUCUUUACGAAGCUCGCAGAAUUGGCCGAAUUUCCAGAGAGACACAUUCCUGGACGGUGGAGAUAGGGAGACACGAUGGCGCUAGAAAUGUCAAAGAAUGGGAGCAUUGGGAUCCCGUCGUGGUUCGCUUUGCUUUCAAUGCAUUUCCAACUGGACUAGAUGGAGACAUUAUGUCUAUGUGCGUGGAACACAAUCGAGAUCUACACGAUGGAUCAGUACCACCUGGAUUUCCAUCAAUCGAUUGGCAGCAUGCGAUAUGUGGCAACGGCAAUCCAACUCAAGGUGUGAGCAAAGAGCCAUGGCCAAUAUCCCAGCGGUGCCGAUCGUUUGGUCGCCUCUUCCGAGAUGGAAUUUUUGAAGAUGAGGCUACUUUGAUGUCCUGGACGCCUCGUCGUGCAGAACUCAUUCUUAGUCUGACGAACUGGGUCUUCUUGUUGUGGGACACACCUUGGACUGCCGACCUUUGUUCUCUGGGACUGCGCUCAGUGUGCGAUGCUCCAGCUCUGAAAAACGACCUGGCUGUCAGGUUGAACACUCUUGGGGUCGACUUCCAACAUCGGACUGACUGCAAUCAUGCCCACGAUAACAAGCUGCUUAGCUUCGGGAUCCUUGUGGCUGAGCUGCUCACGACUACGCCGAUCCGACAAGCUCCAAGGAUAGAUGAGCACACGGCAGUUCGAUAUCAGAAGUGGAACCGGGAGGUUGAUGACUGGGAGCCAAUCUCAGUAAGGCAACUAGUAACAAUGGUGCGCGAUAAAUCAGGCUCAGCAGACAUGCGUGAUGUAGUCAGCUACUGCCUCGACGAGGCAAACGUACGGACGCCGAGAUUCGAGGCCGGUUAUAUGUUGGAGUACAUUUCGAAGCUGUAUGAGCCGAUCGAGAGAUGGUGCGAGGACGAACUUGAUGCUUACGAGGAAUUAGAUGUCGAAGAUUGGACUAGUGCUGCGUUGGAGAGUCCUGCUCCGGCACAAGAUGUCAUCUCUCCGCAGACAGCAGUAAAACCCAAUGCAACACAUGGUGUCGUCGGCGUUUGUGUUCUCCUUUUUGUCUUGUCAACGGCAGCAUCGAUGUGGGCAUGA